UCACAGAGCCCGCCCCCUCUCCCUCUCUCCCCGGCAGCCUCCGCCUCUCUUCCCUGGUCUGUCUUCCACACCGCUGUUGUUGCAGCCAUUUUACCGUGGAGCGUCGGCACAGCCGCGACCGGAGGAUGCGGAGACAGCACCGUUAAAAGGACUACAAACAUGGCUGACACAGUGCGAGGUCCUGUGGUCGGCCGGCCAUUGGCAUUCGCCAAUGAAGAGCGGAGGGCGGUUCACUCCUGGUCCCGAAUUUCGUCAGCGGGGCACAACGUCCUCCUGGAUGCUCUAAAGAUCCUCAGCCCGAUGUCACGUGACCUCUCGAGCACCGAGGAGUUGGUCACCUUCUUGCAGGAGCUGAGCGAGGAGGGUCACAAGCCCACCGUCCUGCGCAGCAAGGACGUGUACGGCUACCGCUCCUGCACAAAUCAACCCUUGACUGAAGACAUGCUGAGGCCACCCAACAGGAAUGUCAGACCCACCGCCAAGAGAAGGGGACGGAGGGGCCUGGCCAAGAAAAGAGAGGUUCAUCCGUCCUGGAACACUUCUGAGAGGAGCAACCCCAGGAUUCAAGGGGUCCGCCCUCCAGAGCUGCUGGUGGACCAUCACUCCAUUGUCUGCAGCAGGACCCCCAUUCGGACUGUAGAGAUGUCGCAAGCACUGCAGGUGCAGCCGUGUCUUAGACUGACCAAUAUUGAAGGCCUGUCGGGCUUCCACACAGCCAGACUCCAGAUCCACACUACCUGGGACUCGUCCUCUGAGGCGCCCUCUGUUGCCUUUUCACAGCAACAGCAUCCACCAACGCUUUCAGGAAUACCUUCGCAGCCUUCUCAGAACGGUGGUGGGGCGCCCACCAAAGCUGUGGCCUUGUUCAGCCAGAAGAGCCUGUCCUGCCCCAUCCGACUCGACGGCGCCCUCAUCGGAGAUUCUGCACCUGUCUUCUAUGCUAAUGGCAGGGCGUUUCCACAGACUCACACAGAGCUGACCAGCAACGGCUGGAGGAGCAAUGGCUUCCAUCGGGACGGUCGGGGCCCCAAGGAACUGAACAUCCCGACUCGUCAGAGAACCAGCUGGAAAGACAAGAACAGUUUUAGAUGGAAAGUCAUAAAGGUGGACGACUCUCGUUCGGUGGCUGAGGCCCGCAGAAAAGCGCAGAAGAUCCUACAGGUCAAUCUGUCCCCAGUGAUUCAGAUCCAACCUCUCAACCAUGUGCUGAGAGACUUCAGAUACCAGAAUAAGUGACUAUUUCCCCCCAAACCCACACACAUCGUGUCCUUUAGCAGAUGUAGUGUUUUACAUCCAUUAGCCUCUACCUGGCUGAGCCCAGUGAUCAUAGCAGACGUCUUACGUGGGUUUUUUGCGAUCUCCGCUGGGUGCUGGAGUUAGAGGAGUUAGAGUCUGUCUGUGGAAAAUCUGGUUCCUGACAGGGGCACUCGGGAUUGAAAGGCAUUCAAAGUUAAGUGAUGCUUUUCCUAGCAGGCUGGGAAAUGACUAUCGGGCGAAUGCUGGUACAUAUUCACUGUCAACAUUAGUUUGUUACACAGUACUUCAACCAACCAUCAUUCUGCUUUGAGUUGACUGGCGGCUAGCCAAUGUUGCUGAUGAAUCAAUGGACCCAGCAUCCACUGUGGCUGUUAGGACCUGUAAGGUGCUGGGUGUGGCUUGCAGGUGUUGGAAGAGUUUUUAUAACUCACUUGAAGUAAAGCACCGUUUGUUAAAAAGUAUGUUUUACUUGUAGCGCUUAAAAACAGUGCUUUCACUCUGCGGUGCCCUAUUUUCCACUGGAAAGGAGGAGGAAAUGAAGCUAGUGGUGGGAUAGGACAAUCCCAUUUCAUGCCCAGAUGUACUGGUGGAUGAGCAAGGCAAGUUUGGAAAGUCUUCAGAUGAGCAGAUUUGGUGGUUGGUUGGUUCCAGCAAAAUAAAUAAACUAAACUAAAAGAGGGAAAAAGAAUAAAGUGUUAAGUUUGUCUUCCUUUUUUGUAUUUUUGUUGUGUUUCCACUGGAAAUCAGGAAGGCUCUGGGAGUGAGUACAGCAGGGAAUCGAACCCACAGCACACAGAGAUCAAUACCUGACAGAUUUGUUUGAACUAUAGACCUUCACAAAGUGUUCCUUUGGUUUAGUUUAUCCACACAUGGAGAAAAAAGACGGAUUAUAGAGUAUUUCUGAUUGUUGGGAAUAUUUGACAUCUUACAGUGACAAAACAUGAAUCAAUAUAAGCAGCUGCAGAAAACGGUGAGUGACUUCUGAAAUUAAUCCUCAAAUCUUUAUUAUGAGAAAACAUUGAGAAUUCUGAGGUAUAAGAAAUCUCAAAAGACUUCACAUUUUCUGAUUAUUAAACUUCAUCUCAGAAUACUGUUUUUACAAAUACCUGAUUGUAAUUUGAGAGUUUAUUCUCCAAAUUAUGGCUUUUUCCCUCAAAAUUUUUCCAUUCCAUGAUGUGGCCUUGGGCCACCUCCAUAAGUUCAGGAUGUUUUACAUAUACGAAUAUGAAACAUCAAGACGUGCACUCGGGUUGCAUAAAUACCAUCAACUGCUGGUCUGAUUCUGCUCAAGAUUUAGUUUUGUCUGAUAAAUUUCUGUCCUUCACAGGCAACCAACUGUCAGUCAGAGUCCUGAUGUAAGACAUUUGUUUGGAAAGAUAUUUCUGGUGAAAUUCGGUAACUUGAGCUGCAGGCCUGUUUUGUCCCUGACCAGUUAAAUUUUUAUUUUUAGUUUCAUCUCCUAUCAGAGCUCGCUUGCGCUCUGCUCUGUUGAGUUGAUACCAAGUACUGCCCAACAAAAUCUACUUUAUAGUUUUCUUUAAUUCAUCAGCUGUGAUUAAACUGUUGUGACCCUCCUUAAAACUAAAAAAAAUGAAUGCACUUUGAGAGCAUGACAGUGAGUCAUUGCCACCUGUUCUUGAUCAUGAAAGUCAUUAAUAUUUUUAUUUGCUGCAGUAUAUUGGAAAUAAUCUCUUAAAUUUGGUUUGACUUUCUUAGAGCCCAUGCUGGUUUUUGCUACAGGUGCUAACUUGGCAAUGUUGGUGCUGAAUUAAAUGAAGAAUGUCAUUUUGUUUCUCCUCUACUAGUUCAGAUUGGAGCAUUUAAGAGUAGUGACUUCCUGUGAGUUGUUCUCUGAGCGACUGAUAGUGCUGCUGCCCCCUGCAGGUUUGGGAUGAGCAUGCCAAACCGCCUUGUGUGCUUUCCAAAGGGUUUCUACUGUGAGGAAACGCCUGAAUUCAUUUUAAUGUUAUCAUCUGUGAAAAAUUCCUCUGUAUUCCCCUGAAAAAAUUGUUUGAGAUGUUUGGGAAAACCACAUUCCACGACAUAAAUACAUUAUUGAGUGCUAAUGUUUAUUUUUGGCCUCAGAAACAGUAGUUUGACCAAGAAAAAAAAUCUUGUCUUGCUAGCUUUUUUGGAGCUUUUACUGAUCUCAAGCCCAUUAGAUACAGAUAAAAACUCUGCGAAUAGCCAGUAAGUGGACCUUGAUAUUAUGAAUAUUGACUAAUUUAUCAGUCAGAUCUCUUGAGGUCCAGGUAAAACAGCUAAACCACCAUUAGGUCAGUAAAUAAGGUCUUAUGUUUAAAAAAAACCAUGAAAAAGAUACAAUUAAAAAUAAAAACUGGAUUUUCAAACAUUUGUUUCAGGUUUAAAUGCUGUGCGGUCUGUUGCGGGCCACUUAGUAUAAAGAAUUAAUCAGAUUUAGUGUGGAAAUCUGUCCUUUCAGUUUUGAAGGCCAUGCACUAUUCUCGAAUUAGAAAACUCUUCCUGUUGAAACUGACACCACAUCAGUGUUUGAUGUUCGGCUUUACAGAUUUCCACAUCUCUGUUCUGGUGAAUUUUACGUUCUCGAUGAGUCUCUUGGUUUCCUCUCGCCCCUCUCCGAUUUGUCUGUACGCAUUCAUGUUCACCCCCUCCGACAAUUCCCUUUUGUAGAUCUUUCUGUUAGUCUUGUUUGUGCAACACUUGUAUAAUAUUGUAUUUCCUACAUGAUCUUUGAAAACUUUUUGUUCAAUA